GGCUCCGCCCAGCACCGAGCGAGGGGCGACGCCAGGAGGUAAAACGGAGAAGGUGCAGGAGGCGGACUGGGUCUAGGCCCAGUAAUCCGGGAGAAACCGGGGCUCUGAGCCGCGGGGGGGCAAUGGCGGAGGAGCAGAAGCAUUGUAGCCCGGAAUCACAUCCCUGCUCCGACGGAGCAGCGGCCACUGCACAGCCUGCGGUGUCUUCACCCAAGACCGCCGAGGUCGCCCGAGAAUCAGCGGAGCCCGAGGACUACAAUAGCAAGUGCGUGUUCUGCCGGAUUGCAGCGCGGCAGGAGCCGGGCACCGAACUCCUGUACUGUGAGAAUGAAGACCUAGUUUGCUUCAAAGAUAUUAAACCAGCAGCACCUCAUCAUUACCUUGUAGUGCCAAAAAAGCAUAUUGGAAACUGCAGAGAUCUAAAGAAGGAGCAAAUCGAACUCGUUGAGAACAUGGUUACUGCUGGAAAAACCAUUCUUGAAAAGAAUAAUUUCACUGACUUCAAAAACGCGAGGAUGGGUUUCCACGUGCCACCAUUCUGUUCCAUUUCCCACUUGCACCUUCACGUUCUGGCGCCAGUUGAUCAAUUUGGCUUCUUUUCAAAAUGGGUUUAUAGAGCGAAUUCCUACUGGUUCAUCACAUUUUGCCUCAUCCAGAAUGUCAUCUGGUUGUAGUUGUACAGGCUGAUUAUUUGAUGGAAAAACUAAGAACAUGAAAAUGACAACAGUGGAAGAUUUUCUUAAUCUUGGCUCAUCAUAAACUAAUAUUUCAGUACCUUUUAAUUCAAAUGACAAUGGUAAGGUUUGUUGGGUUUUAUAAGAGGCUAUUACUGGGUAGCCUUAGAUCUUUUCUGAAUGUCUUUUUCCUGAGAUCCGCGGUAUAGUUAUAUGAAUACUUUGUCAUUGCCUUCUUUCAUGGUUACUGGUCUAAGAUUUAAGAUACUAAAGAUAAAAUCCCAUUAAAACAAAUUCUAUUAAUCAGGAAGGACUCUGUAUUAAUUUUUUUUCAAAUAUUUUCAUUUCUCACUAUAGUCAAUUAUAUGAUAUAUUAUGAAGAAUAAACUGGUAUAGAAAGUACUUUGUUGGAGUCUUUAUUGCUAUGAAAGAAAAAGAAAUUUGACUAUCUCUUGACAGUUCCAUAGUGUCAAAAUAAAGAUCACUGUAUUGCAUGGUGAUCUCUGGUCUUGGUGGAAAAAAUUUGUAUGUAUGUCACUUUUUACUCAGAUUUCAGUUUUCACUUCUUGAAGCCUAGCAUCUGUGUAAUAAAUUAGUCCUCAAAGCUAUAUAAUAUAUGUAAUAACUUCUAACAGUGACUUUGCAAUACCAAUCAAUUUGGCUGUCUAAGGGAAUUCACUGUAACUGAAUUUUACCUGUAAGAACAUGUGGGUAAGAAACAUAAAAUGUUAAUAAAAUAUUAAUUUAUUAAAACUGGCA